UGCUCUGCCCGCCCUGCCCCGCACCGAGCACCGACACGGCUGCCUUCGCUGCUCUGCCGGGCUGUUCGGGCUGCAAGGGGCCCUCAGCCGCCGGCCCUGCCCGCCGCGGCAGCAGCGGCGCUGCCCGGGGAAGGAAGGAGUCCCACCCCGCCGCUCUCCCGUGGGGCGUUGUGAGAUGUCACGGCCCACAAAGCCCUCGCCUUUCAGCCCAGAAAUGCGUAACUAGCACCAGCAAGGAAGAAGGGAUGGGAAUCUGCUGAGGAGACACCAGGAGAGCUGCUGGUGGUGGUGGUGCCUUAACGAUGACAAGUCCAGAGGAACUGGAAGGCUUGGCGUGUUACGGAAGAAGCGUUCGCCUGCCUGGUAAAACCAGCACUUUCACACGUAAUUGUAUAAUAACAAACGUUCUGUCCCCGCAGCAGCGCUGUGGGAGGAGGAGCUGCCCAGGGGCCGGGGCAGGAGCUGUGGGCACGGACACCGUGAGAGUUUAGUGAAUGGGCUGCAGGGUUAAAGUUCACACGGCACAGGAAGCACCUUUUCCAGAAUCCCAGCAGAAUGAAAACAAAUUGAAAAAUCUUCAUAAAUUGAGAGGCAGUUUCGGCAUAGAGAAGAAGAUAAAGAAUUACACCAGACUUAGCGGAGAGAGCUUUUAAAGAUUCUUCAAGAUUAAGUUUUGCCUUUUCAGUAUAAGCAAUUUAUUCUACACGCAGUCCCAACAAGUCAUCCAGGAUAAUUAAAUGGUGCCUAGUAAGGCGUUAGUUAAAAUAAUAGUAAAGAUGUUUCUAUUUUACAGUAAAUUGGCUGAAGCCUAAAAUUUUCAUGUUACUCCUCAGUUUUUUAAAGUACAUUCCUGCAGUUUCUCGUUAAAGUGCUCAUGGCACUUUGAAGCGGUUGAUGGCUGUUUAUAAACCUGACAUUUCCCGCCAAAUCCAGGAAUUCCUAGCUGACAAAUCCAGGAACUCUUUGCUUCUUUCACCUGUAAAAUAAACACCAAGUAGUUAGAACUGACCCCAGAGUCCAACCUGGCUGCAACCCCCUUUCAGCUGGUUGUACACAAUGAAUCACUCAGUUUUCUUUGGACUCAGUCAAAAAGAAUUGCAGUGCUGUUUCAGGUUUGCGUUUUAGAAAGCCAACGGUCCGCGCUUUGCCGGGAAAUACAGAGGUAAUGCCUUACCUGGUUUGAAGAUCUGAGAGGGCUUUCUGUUUGCGUGAGGCAUAAAAGAAAAUGGAAGAAGAUGAGACUUUACAAGGGGAAAGGGAGAGGGCAGAAGCUGGAACAGGUGCUACUGCUGCCGUGGGUCGGCAGAUCUCAGUCAGUGAGUUCCUUUGCCACUGCUGUUACGACAUCCUGGUCAAUCCCACCACCCUGAACUGUGGCCAUAGUUUCUGUAGGCAUUGCCUGGCCUUGUGGUGGGUGUCGUCCAAGAAGAACGAGUGCCCCGAAUGCAGAGAAAAAUGGGAAGGGUUCCCCAAAGUCAACAUCCUGCUCAGGGAUGUUAUUGAAAAGCUAUUUUCUGAUGCCAUUGAACAAAGAAAAGAAGAUAUUCAACAAAACAGUGAUGUAGCACGCAGCUUAGCAACCUUCCAAAAAUAUGGGAAUGACCAGAUCCCUACAGUUCCGAACACAGGAAGAUUUAAUCCUCGAGGAGGAGGGUUUUUCUCAGGCGUUCUGACAGCUUUAACUUGUGUAGCAGUAGUUCUACUUGGCUAUCACUGGAGUAGCAGAGAAUUUGAAGAAGAUCACCUUGUCCACAAGCCUGUUGCUAAAUGGACUGCUGAGGAAGUGAUCCUCUGGCUAGAGCAGCUGGGCCCAUGGGCUUCACAUUACAAAGAAAGGUUUUUACUGGAGAAAGUGAAUGGAAGGCUGCUCCUCACACUGACAGAGGAGGAUUUCACCAAAGAGCCUUACAGUAUAGAGAACAGCAACCACAGGAAAGCCAUCAUGGCAGAACUGGAAUGGGUGAAAGCUUUAGGUGUUAAACCACCACAGAACCUUUGGGAAUAUAAGGCUGUAAAUCCAGGAAAAUCCCUCUUUCUUCUGUAUGCACUGAAGAGCUCUCCAAGACUCAGUAUGUUAUACCUGUAUUUGUUUGAUUAUGCAGAAGCUUUCCUACCUUUCAUCCACACAAUUUGUCCUAUGCAAGAAGACAAACACGAAGAUGUUUUCACAAAACUGCUGGACCUUAAAGAUCCUUCAUGGAAACAAUGGAGAGAAUUCAUUGUAAAAUAUUUAUUUUUGCCAUACCAGUUGAUAGCUGAAUUUGCUUGGGAUUGGCUGGACGUGCACUACUGGACAUCAAGAUUUAUAAUUGUGAAUGCUAUGUUGCUCUCUGUUCUGGAAUUAUUCUCCUUUUGGAGGCUCUGGUCAAGAAGAGAAUUGAAGACUAUUCCUCACAGAAUGUGGAGACAUUUCUGGAAAGUCUCAACCCAGGGUCUUUUUGUUGCCAUUUUUUGGCCUUUUAUUCCUCAGUUUGUCUGCAAUUGUUUGUUUUACUGGGCCUUGUAUUUUAACCCGAUCAUAAACAUUGAUCUUGUGGUUACAGAGGUGAGGCGUCUGGAGACACAAGUGCAGUGAUUGCCUUUGGAACUUUUGGGCUCUUUUGCUCCUAAAAAUGGACAUUUGAAAUAAGCUUUGCUUUUCUUUGUGUAUGUGGCAGCAAAAGUGGUGGAUUGUGUUAAUUUAAACAUACAAAAAAGCCUUAAGGUAAGUUACUCUGAUUCCAAAUUGGAGAAUGGUCUCUAGUAUCCAAAAGGAAUUUUCCAUUGGAAAAAAAAAAAGACAUUCCUUUUUUUAGCCAUGUAAAAUUCCUACAGUCAUUUUGCCCUAUUUUUGAUCAGAUCAAACUUCUCUAUUCUGUUCUGAGCAUUCUGUGUAUUUUCCAGCCUGCCUUAAAGUCUUUGGAGCUGCUAUAGUGAUUUCUUUCUUUUUAAACGUAGCAUUUCAUCUCAGUGAUGUGUUCCUCAACUUAAGUUUGCCAAAGGAAUGCCCUUCCUGGAUAGGCUUGAUAUUGAAAGUACAUCAGUUAUUUCAGUCUUCUUUACAUGUAAGGCUGUGACUGUCUCUGUACAGUCUCACAGCAGAGUUUGCUCUAAAAUUCCUGCUCUUGAGGGCAAAAACUUAAGUUUUCUCAUCUUUUGGAAAAUGUGGUGAUUGCCAUAGAAAAACUUUUAUUCAGAUCAGUUACACUUCAUCAAUAGCUCCUUUAGUGCUCUCCUCUUGAAUUCUGUUGCUAAUCCUUAAAUUCAGGGUUAUCUCUCAAAAAUUAUUAUUUUGGAAAAGUGACCUGACACUGUAAUUACGUCUUACUGCAAUACAAUGUGUGUCUAUAUCUGUGAGCAAAUAUUGACUGGAAAGUUAUUUUGUGUAAACAGGAUUGACAUUUGUUAAUGUAUGUUUUUUUGACUGAAGAAAAAGUCAGAUUUUUCAAGAGCUUUGUCCCCUUGCAUUCUACUUUGGUUUGUUGUUUUGGUUUUUUCAUUUGUAUCAUUGGUAUGAACUUUAAAUUUGCCUGUGAAUAUUUUGAAAGAUUAAAGAUCUCUUUUGAAAUC